GGCGGGGCCGCCCGCGGGAGCCGCCGGGGAGAGGCCGCAGGGCAUGCCAGCCGCCUGCCCCGAUGUUUCACUGGAGCAAGUGGAAGAAGAGGAUGGGAGCGAGCGCCUCCUCCUCCAAGAGACCCGUGUUCGACGAGCGGGAGGACGUGAACUUUGACCACUUCCAGAUUCUGCGGGCGAUUGGGAAGGGAAGCUUUGGCAAGGUGUGCAUCGUGCAGAAGAGGGACACGGAGAAGAUGUACGCCAUGAAGUACAUGAACAAGCAGCAGUGCAUCGAGAGGGACGAGGUGCGCAACGUCUUCAGGGAGCUGGAGAUCCUGCAGGAGAUCGAGCACGUGUUCCUGGUGAACCUCUGGUAUUCCUUCCAGGAUGAGGAGGACAUGUUCAUGGUGGUGGACCUGCUCCUGGGAGGGGACCUGCGCUACCACCUGCAGCAGAACGUGCAGUUCAGCGAGGAGACGGUGAAACUGUACAUCUGUGAGAUGGCCCUGGCCCUGGACUACCUGAGGAGUCAGCACAUCAUCCACAGAGAUGUAAAACCAGACAACAUCCUCCUCGAUGAGCAAGGUCAUGCCCAUUUAACAGAUUUUAAUAUUGCAACCAUCAUUAGGGACGGUGAAAGAGCGACAGCACUGGCUGGGACCAAGCCAUACAUGGCCCCGGAGAUCUUCCACUCGUUCCUGAGCGGCGGCACGGGCUAUUCCUUCGAGGUGGACUGGUGGUCCCUGGGCAUCAUGGCCUACGAGCUGCUGCGGGGCUGGAGGCCCUACGACAUCCACUCCAACAACCCCGUGGAGUCCCUGGUGCAGCUCUUCAGCACGGUCAGCGUGCAGUACUCCUCAGCCUGGUCCAAGGACAUGGUCGGGCUGCUCAGGAAGCUGCUGACAGUGAACCCUGAGCACCGUUUCUCGUGCCUGGCGCACAUGCAGGCCUCGGCACACCUGGCAGCCGUGGUGUGGAGCGACGUGUGCGAGAAGCGCGUGGAGCCGGGCUUCGUCCCCAACAAGGGCCGCCUGCACUGCGACCCCACCUUCGAGCUGGAGGAGAUGAUCCUGGAGUCGCGGCCCCUGCACAAGAAGAAGAAGAGGCUCGCCAAGAACAAGUCAAGGGACAACAGCAAGGACAGCUCCCAGUCUGAAAAUGACUAUCUCCAGGAAUGCCUUGAAGCUAUCCAGCAGGACUUUGUCAUCUUCAACAGAGAGAAGCUGAAGAGGGGCCAGGAGCAGCCCAGCGAGGCCGUGUGUGCCCCCGAGCCCCCCGAGGAGCCCGAGCCCCUGCACAUGUGCAGCUCCGUGUGCUCCUCCAGCAGCUAGGCCAGGGCCAGCCCACCCCACCUGCCUCAGGUGUGCCGAGCACCGACCUGCCCUCACCUGCCUCAGGUGUGCCGAGCACCCGACCUGGCCCGGACAGCGCCGGCAGCUCCUGAGAGCUGGAGCCAGCCAGGAUUCCCCAGGACUGUCCCUGAGAGCUGGAACAAGCCAGAAUUCCCACAGGACUGCCUUCCUGAUCAUGGAUCACCAGUCCAGCUGUCCCUGAGAGCUGGAGCUAGCCAGGAUUCCCCAGGACUGUCCCUGAGAGCUGGAAGAACCCAGAGCUCCCCAGGACUGCCCCUGAGAGCUGGAACAAGCCAGAGCUCCCCAGGACUGCCCUCCUGGGCUAUGGAUCACCAGUCCAGCUGCUCUUAGAGCUAGAGCCAGCCAGGAUUCCCCAGGACUGUCCCUGAGAGCUGGAACAAGCCAGAAUUCCCACAGGACUGCCUUCUUGAUCAUGGAUCACCAGUCCAGCUGCCCCUGAGAGCUGGAGCCAGCCAGAAUUCCCACAGGACUGCCUUCCUGAUCAUGGAUCACCAGUCCAGCUGCUCUUAGAGCUGGAGCCAGCCAGGAUUCCCCAGGACUGUCCCUGAGAGCUGGAAGAACCCAGAGCUCCCCAGGACUGCCCCUGAGAGCUGGAAGAACCCAGAGCUGCCCAGGACUGCUCUCCAGCCACGGGUUGCCAGCCCAGCACCGUGGCUGCCUGCCAGGGGAAGACAGGACCUAUGCAACUUGUCAGGGGAGGAGAUAACUGAUUUAGUCUUUGUUUUCAUGUCAGAUUGCUGAUCUACUCGUUUUUAAUGCAGUGAGAGCACAGGGAAAGGAGCCAUGUGCUUGGUCCCACGGGGAGACACAGGGCAGGAAGGAAGGCAGGGAGCUGGUGUGAGCUUGGCUUUGGCAUUCCCUGCUCACAGAGGCUGCUCUGGGCAUGGCACCCCCUGUGCACCAGCUCCUGGGAGCCUCCAGAGCUCAGCUCCUGCAGCACAAGGAUGUCCAGGCACCUCCUUGGCCCUGUCUCACCUGUCAGGUCCUUUCCCCAUUCAAGGCCAAUAAAUGUUUUCUGUGCACUCCAUGGAUUCUGCAGGGGCUGGGUAAUGGUUCAGUGUGUAUUUGAGUUGCAGAAUUGAUUUAAAAUAUUUUCCUCCUUGCUGUGGCUGCUGCAGGCAGUGAGGAGCUGGGGAUGGUUUGGGGGUCUGGCUCCAUGUGCCCAGCUUUGGAGGACACGGCUUGUCACAGGCUGAGCUUCUGUUGGAGGCAGAGUGAGUGGCCUUACAAGGCUGCUUGGGUUUGAAAGACAGGAACAUCACAUUUCACCCUUUGAUUCACUUUAUUUUCAGUGUAAAGUACAAGUACUGUAUAUAAUUUGCCAAUACCUGUCUUAACUUCUUAAUAAGACAGGAAAUCUUCCCGUGCUCCAGCGGUGGGUUUUGCCUUUCCUGCUGCAGGGGCCUUCCCUAUUUGAGUUGUUUAAGCUGCUGCAGGGUGGUUUUUGGUUUGAGCCCGAGCCCUGGGUGCCACAGACUGCUCUGGUGCCCCAGGUGUGUGGUGGCACCACGGUCACCAUCCCCCCAGCUGCAGUGUUUGCCUCCUUCCUGGGCAUUCCCAAUGCAGAAAAGGUGGAGAUGUUCUGAACAGAUCAGGUUGUGCCAGGAGCAGCUUUGCUGUGGGUUUUGUCUCCAGGAAUAAACCAGGAAGGCAGAAUGGUACAAAAUGACCUUACACAGCACGGUGCCUGUGUCUCCCACAGUUUUAUGUGGGGAUCAGGGUGUGGCUGGAGCUGUGCAGAGGAGCUUCCAUGGCAGUCUCUAAGGGUGGGCAGGAGGGCAGCCAGAGCUCUGCCCCCGUUCUGUGGAUGUUUUUAUGGUGUCAGCCGUGGGUCCUGCACACCCUGUGCUCGUUAGGAGCUGCCUUAAUGACAGCUGGGGGGCUGUGGCCAGGCAGGGAGGGAGGGCUGGAAUCACAGUGUGCUCCUGCUCCUACUGCAGCUGCAGGAGGGCACCAGGCUGUGCUGGGGGACCUGCCCUCUGCCCCCAGUCACUUCAGUCUCUGCUGGGUACCAGGAGCCCUGAUUGCCUUCCCUCACCUGGCAGGGCUCACCCUCACCUGGCAGGGCUCACCCUCACCCGGCAGAGCUCACCCUCACCCGGCAGAGCUCACCUCUGUGUGCAGCUGGGCCAUUUGCUCUGCCCCUUGCUGUGCUCAGCAGCCCCUGCUCUCCACUUGGGCAGCCUUGUGUCUCCAUCCCACACCUCUCAGCUGAACACCAGCUCUGUCCUGGCACAGCAGGUGAGGGUCAAGCCGUGUGUUUAUCCAGGAGUUAGGAAUUCCAGGUGAUUUACUCCCCCCCCCGUGUGGAUAGGGUUUUACAGUUAAUUCCAUUGCACUAUUUAGCGACUUCCUGUAAAUAAUGGCAACAUUUUGGGCUAUAGGAAUGACAAAGAGAGUCACUGAUUUUUUGACCAAACCAUGCCACAGAUGGGUGAUGAAGAUAGAUCCUGGUCAGAUACAUCCUACUCAGCCAGAAGCUCCCAGGCCAGGAGAGGUGUUGGCAGUGACAGGACCUGUGUGAUUGAUGUUUUCAUUGCUUUCCUUAGGACAGGAGAAGGUAAGCCCUGAGGUGUGUGUGGGAAGGAGCUGGCUUGUUUCUGAAACGGGGGUUUCUCAGCCCAAACCCUCUCUGUGUCAGCCAUCUGUCCCUUGUCAGCCAUCUGUCCCUUGUCAGCGAUCUGUCCCCUCUUCCCCAGGGCAUUAUGCACAGCGGCUGAGCAGCACCUGGCAGGAACCAGGAGAGCUUCUGGGGGAUGUCAGGGAAUGGCUCCUUCCCAGGGAAACACUCUGGGCAGGUCCUGGCUGCCUGGCAGCACCCCUGGAAUCCAGCAGUGCAUCCCAGGCUGUGCUGGGGACCUGCUGAGCCUGAGGCCCUGAGAGCAGCACAGGGCACAGAGCUGUGGGAUCGCUGUGCUGAGUGGGACACACCCCGUGCCCACACCAUUGCAGUGCUUGGUUCUGGUCUGAAACAGCAUUUGGGCAUAACCUCAGCAGAGCCAGGGUGACAGGGACUGCACUCAGAGAAGGAAAGGCAUGGAAAGAGCAGCUGGAAAAGGACAAGGGGUAGGAAACAGCUCAGUGUUACUGUCAUUGUCACAGCCCCUGUGGAGGCUUUCAGGGCUCUGGGGCCUCCUGCCCACCGUGCCCCAGCCUGGGCCCCUCUUGUGUCCCCAUUGCUGUGUCCCUGUAAGGAGCCAGGGCCAGCUGAGCCAGGGCCAGCUGAACCAGGACCAGCUGAGCCAGGACCAGCUGAGCCCAGCUCGCUCCUGCUGCCCCUACCCAUCUUUGUGGCUCCUGUGCCAAGGGCCACAGGAGGGGGUUGGAUCCUCUCUCCUCCCUGUGCCUCUCCGUGGGUGUCCCCUGUCCCUGGUGCACAGGGGACAAAGCUCUGGGCUGGGUGCCCGUGGUGGUGCCCUGGCUGCUGCUGCUGAGCAAAGCUCACAGAGCCACAGCCCAGGUCCCACAGCCCAGCUUGGGAAGUGCCACCAACAGCUCUGGGCUGUGCCUCCGCUACAGCCAGAACACAGGAAUUUUCUGUACAUAAAUAUUUAAAUACCUGUAUUUUUUUGUAUGACAGAUUUAUACAGUGUGUGCCAUUAUCUGCUGUGAAAAGCCUACAGCACCUAUAAAUUAUUCUCCUCUAAUCACUUGCCAUGAGGUUGUUUUCUUAUCUCUGUUGUAUUACGAAGUUUUGCAAAGUUCCAUAUUUUUAAGUGUUGGCUUUGGAUUCCACAGCCUUCACUGGGAAUUUUGUACAGAAGACAAAUGCCAGGUCAGGUCCUGAUGUUUCUUCUGUUGCCAAUUCUCUAUUACUCCAGAGCUUGCCAAAAAGUCUAAGAGUAAUAAAAUAAUAGCAGAAAUACCAGUAAUAUGGACUUGAUCCUGGACAGUGCUGAAAUCCUGCUGCCUUGGGAGGAUGUUUUUAAAAAUUAUUUCAGUGCAGAUAUAUGUAAAUAUAUCUUUGUAUUUUAUGUUAAUACAUCUCUGUAAUUUUCUUGCAUGAUGAUUUUACCACAUCACAGAAUAUUUAAGUUAUGACAAGGUUGUGUUUUUGCAGAUGCUGUCAGGAGGCAUUGCACAUGUGGAGUAAUAAAUGUGUAUUUUUAACAUUG